AUGAAACAGAAUGAAAAAGUAAUUGGGAGAAGAUUAAAAGAAGUUCCUACUAUUAAUAAAUUACCGUAUCCAAUUUAUGACAUGCUUGAGAAGUUAUCAAGUAAAUGGGAAUAUAUCUUAACAGAAGGAAUCUUUAGAGUUCCUGGAAAUAUGACAGAUAUUAUUGCAAUUAAAAAACGAUAUGAAAAUGGAGAAAGUGUAAAUUUUACUAACGUUCAAAUUUCCACUGUUGCUAGUCUUCUUAAAAAUUAUUUAAAAGAAAUUCCGGGUGCAUUAGUGGAUAAUGAAAAUAAAGACUUGUUUAAUGUUACAAUUUCAAUGUUUGAAAUGGAUAAUUCAUUAAAAGAUUUAGUCACUAAAAAUAUUAAAGACGCUUUAUCAUUUUUACCACUUUUAAAUUAUAUUACUUUAAAACAUAUUAUUUUUCAUCUUCAUUUAAUUGCGCAAUAUUCACAAUUUAAUUUAAUGGACUCUAAUAAUUUGGCUACUGUAUUUGCUCCUGUCUUAUUUUCUUUAAGCAUUGAAGAGUUAAUGAAUAAUAAAAACUAUGCCAUUGUUACUAUCAAAUUUUUAAUAGACAAUUAUAAUGAUGUCUUCACAAUAAAUAAUAAAUUAAUGGAUGGGAGUUACCUCGAGCCAUGUGACUAUCAAGUCCCAUUUGGAAAAUGUCCAAAAGAAUUAUUACAUUUAUCAGAUAAUAACCCUCAAUCAAUUCAUUAA